CUUGGAAUUACUUUUGACGGUGUGGAUUUAUUUUUGCCUGAAGAACUUUCCUUUUUACUUUAUUAAAACAUCGUCGCAAGUGCUGCUGUGUCUGCCUCAUCUUCUGGGUUCUGCUGACUAUUAGUGGCUCAGUUUGCUAAGUGACUGUUUCUCACAUUGGAGACCCGAGUUCGUAACCGGGUCCUGACACUUAUUACCAAGUAUACAGAAACAUUCGAUCCAUUUGACCACGUCUAAGCGAUGACAUUAAAAAAAGUGAAUACUGAAACCUAUCAAGUGCAAUCACUUCCUUCUCAUGAAUGAGCCGAUCACGUGAGUGGGAGUGAUAUCUGCAACAACACUCUCACCCCUUCAUGUUGGCACCCAAUCAGAGCAACAGCUCCCAUUACAACUUCAUAUGCUAGUUUCUCUGGACUUAGCAUUAACUUAUCACACUCUCUGUUACACACGUUCUCUCACUCUUUCAGAAGAGCAGCAAGAGGUAGUUAUGAGACACACCUUCUCAGAUAAGUACAGCAGCCACACAAAGCCUCCUUACUUAAUCAUUAACGACCUUGGUAUGUAAAGAAACCUACAAGGAAAUGGGAGGACUAAUUUUAGCAGGGGCUCAGAAGGUAUCAGACAGAGUUACUCAAAGAAGCAAGGGACAAGCAUGCCUUCAUAUUGGGGAUAUCAAGUCAAGAGAAACAAGAUGAACCUGCUCACCCAGCAAACGGUGAUGCUUUGGCUCUCUGUUGCUCGCACACUCACAACUGCAGAGCUGGUGAAGCUAAGCACUGUUGACUCUGUCAUUGUGCCAUGUCACCAGCGUGUAACCCUCCGAUGUGACAUCACCACCUUCCAGGAGGGGCUGUCGAUCAAACAUCUGGCCUGGGUCCGCCAGGACGGCAAGCACCUGUGUGACGUUAACGGAACUGGAGUGACCGGGGCCCACUCAGGGAGCACACCUAGUACCAUGGAGUGUAGUUAUACCCCACAGACACAGCUGACCCUGACUCUGCUGCAGGUACAGCCACUGGAGCAGGGAAAGUACUUGUGCAAGCUACGCUCCAAUCACGGAGUAAAGGAGGCCACUACAACGGUGGAGCUGCAAGAGUGCUACAGGAAGGCCCAGCCCAGUGUCAGUGAUGAGGGCCCAACCUGCACCUUCACUGGGGUCUACCCUGAUGGAGAGGUGCACUGGUUCCAGGGACCCAACAACGUGACUGGGGACUCUACAAUCAACACUAAACAAGUGGAAGAUGGAGCGUCAUUGACUAUAACUAGUUCCCUGAAAAGAAAGACCGUCUCUGGGGAAGGGGCCUACAACUGCUCCCUGUGGAUCCCCAGUACCGGAGCCUACCUGACCAGCAGCUUAGUGGUACCAGAGCAUAGUAAAGCCAAGGUUGUGCAGCCCAAUGCCAGUGGGGCAGAGUCCAUUGGUCCUUUGUGGAAACCUUUUCUAUUCCUCCUGAGUACUCUCUUCCUGGUGUGAUGUCUUGUCAAUGUUUGUUUUCAAGCAAGUGGAUCAUUUAAUAAGAAUAUGGAAGAGCCAUUGUGUGAGGUUCCUUUCAUGGUCCAAAGGUUUCCUUGGCUGCGUAGAACAAGGAAAUGAUAACCUGAGGCUGGUAACCUGGUGCAAAUCAACCUAUUGUGAACGCACCCUUGUUGGUCUGCCAGUGCCAGAUGUCAAUUAGAUUGUUAAUUAAAAACAGCAAACGGCAGUAGAAACAAUAACAAAGCUUACUUCCUUCCCGUUUCGGUGAAAAGCUGAGGGAUGGGGCCGGAGAAAUGUAACCACUCUCAAAUUCAUAGACAGUGCUUUGGAUGCAUGGCCUGACCAUCGAUGAUAUCAAAAUAAAUAGUUUUAACAAUG